AUGGCGAUACUACUUCUUCUUAUGUUCACUAUAACGAACGCUUUAACUUUUGAAGGAGAGAUGGCGUUAGCCAACGUCACACGAUUCGCGAAUGGAGAUAUUUUUUCUUUGGCUGGUCCUCAUUGUGGUUUAACUAGAUGCAUGGAAGUUUCUCGUGGUACCGCCUUAGCGUCUUUGGGUAGCGGCAAUAGCUGCGUGUGUCAAUGUCGACGUGAAACACCAACUUUUAGGGAAGAUCAGAGGACAUGUGUCAAUCAUAUUGAUGAAUGCCCGAUGGCCAGCUUCGGAAGGGGCGCAAACAAACCUCAGAUACCGUUUGUGUUUCUUCCCUUGAAAGGACAGAUUAUUUAUCCGUCUAAAGAAAUUAUAUUUACAGAUGUCGAAGAAGCUAUCUGUGCUGUAACAAGCGCUCAGUACCUGUCUCCAACUGGUUGGGUGACGCUCCGGGAUCUGAUUGACAACGACGUGCCGUUCGGUCUUUACAGAGACGAGGGCAGCACUUACUUACAAUGGCGUGGUUCUCCAGCACUACACAGCCGUCUCGAAGGCAGGCUGGUCGCUGCUCACGUACUUUGUUCUGCACCGAAACCAAAUCAUCUGGCUACAUCCUGCGCAGCCUUCAGAGUAGCUGGUGUGACUCAUAACACUGUAUUAGAUGUAAGAUCCAUACCAUUCCACGCUGGUGAAACUGUAACCACAGAACCUGCGGUACAAAGUCCAGGUCUAAGCGUGUUAGAAUCACUCGCUAUAGGAGUAUGUGUGCUCAUGUUGGUGUUCGUGUACGCUACUGGAAUCAUAUUCUACAUUCAUUACAAACAAAAACAAAGAAAAAAGACCAAAGAUCCUGAAUUGAAUCACACAUUAUCCACUGACAACGCCUCUACUAUAGAUUCAAGGAUAAGCAUUAAUAAUAUGAGAAUUAAAAAUAAUCCAUUAAUGAACUUGGAUAGUGAGGCUGGUCUGUCUGACGUCAGCGAAAGAACUGAGGACACAUUUGAUUCUUCGUCAAUCAAUACUCAGAAAAUGAGUCAAAAUUCAAACGUAGUAUCCGCGGUGGUUCAUUCAAGGAGGAAGAAACCAUCAAGACCAACAAUACGAGCGACUUCGACUCCCGAACGUCUAAACGAAAGAUUACAAAGACGUUCUGCCUCACCAGAAUUGGAAAAGGCACCGCAUUCAGAUCUAUCGAUACUACAUUGCAGUAUGGAUAAUAAUGUGCCAGAGCUCGCACCACCACAAUCGACUGGUGAACCGAUAAUACGGAAAAAGUUAUACUUCAACCCAGUUUUCUUCGAAGUAGAACAUCUUAAGAAUCCUCCGCCAGCUGCUAUCGACUUUCUGUGCAAAUUGAGGGAAGUCAUGUCAGUUGCUAAGGAAAAGAUGACUUCGAAGAGAUUUAUACCGAUACUAUCUGAUAUACCUGAAGAAGAGUUAUAUCAUACUAUCGAUUUGGGAUGGGACAUACAUUGCGCAAGGCGAGGACGAAGAUUCAGCGCGAUAAGCUUAAAACGUGAAAACAGUCGAAGAUCCAUACAUUGCGGUGGCUGUCCGGGUUGUGAUAAUAAUGGUAAAAGCCAUAAAGCUACGAAUCUGAUAAGAUCUAAUUCCUGUAAAACCUGUGUCAGUGAUGACUACAAACAGAGGAUUGUUCAGAAAUGGCUGGACGAAGCCCCUUCACCGUCACCUACACUUAUACGACCGGUGAAAUCAGUCGCAAAAGUAAGUGGAACACCAAGAGUGAUAGAACCGAAAGGUAAAGAAGAAGUACGAACUCCGAACAGUCCAAUAGAAGUAUCAAGAAACGUAGAUUCAGAAACUAUAAAAAUAACUGAAACUAUAGUUAAAGAAUAUUUAAGAAAUAUAACUGCAGUGAACGAAAACGUUAAUAUAGCGAAGAGAGAGGAAAAUAAUAAUUUGAACGUCACACACAAAGAGAUAAAUGAUAAAUCUGUAGUUACACCAAUAAGUGCGAAGACUUCGGAAAUAAAAAGUCAACCGAAUUACGGCACGCGGAGAGUGAGGAAGAAGCUUCCUCCCCCUCCUCCGCCACCGAUGAAUGUGGUCGAAGUAAAUAUUACUGCGGACGUUGAACCCGUCUUGCCAGAAGUCAAAAAGAAAAUGGAAGCUGUAAUACGUGAACUCAAUAAGUGUAAACGUAUUGAACCGAUUUCACCAAACAAAUCACCAAUGACGGGACCAAAAUUAGUCAUUCCUGUUACAGCAGAACCCCAUUACUUUAGCGAUGACAACUUACUUUCCGACAAUCUCAAAAAGGAUCUCGAAAAUGAGAAAUCAGUUGAAUGUGACAGUUUAGAGAGACGAUUAUCGAAAAAGAGGAGAUUCUCAUUGGAUCACUCACCCGAAUCUCAAAGGAAUAUGUCCAUUAUAAAAAAUACUUCAAUGAAACGCGACAGACUCACUAGAAGUUGGAGAGAUUUUAAAGUAGCACCUAAUAGUGACGUGUCUCCUCAAAUAGUUAGUUUUGAAACUAAAACUAGUACAAAUGACAUUUUCAUUAACGGUCCUACCGAACCCAUUUACAAUAAUGUCGAACAAUUGGGACCCUUAACGAUACAAGUACGUGGGUCCCCGGUGGAAAAUAGACGAAAAGACAAUGAAGACUUCGAUCCAGACACAUUAGAUAGGAAACCUAAACGAAUAAUCGAAGAAACGACUACUAAAAAAUGUGUGGAGAAAAUCCUUCUAAAAUCCGGCGGUAGUUUUAAACAUAAACUUCCCGCACCUGCCUGCCAGAAAGAGAAAAGCCCACCAGAAGCAGCCUUCACAAGGAAAAUAGGAAGCCUGAGACAGAUAUAUGAAGCGAAAAAUAAGACGAAUCAAAGUGACGUACGUCCGUUUUAUGAAAGACGAGGAAGCGUUCCAUAUGGAACUCAAGAAUUAGCCGCGUAUAUGAAGAAUUUAGAGCAACCGAGAAGUUUAGAUGGCAAAGAGUCCAAACCUCCAGUACCGCCGAAGAAUAGAGGAUCAGAAUCACAUUCUAAAGGCAGUACACCCAGGAAUAGUCCGCCUAGUGACCGGUAUCGAUCAUCGGAAGAAAGAGACAGAUUUCCACCUUACUCGAGAAACGAUAAUCUAAACGCUAGACGCUCCGGCAGAAGAUCAUCAAGAACCAGACCGAGAAGAGUAGAUCUAAAGAAAUUCUGUCGCACCGAAGAUUCAGGAUAUCUGAGUACAGAUUCAAACGAAUCGAAACGAAGGGCGAGAUAUUUAAUGCAUCUCAAACCUAAGUUGAUACCCCCUGAAGUUAUAGCAAAGAAUAAAAUCACCAAUUUACACAUAGAUACGGACACAGACGAAUUGGAGUCACUCUGCGAUGGACAUAGUGAAUCAGGCGGGGAGAGUGUAGAAACUGAUUCGGUAUUCUUCAGGAACUUUGAAGAUCCGAGCAAAACUUUCCAAGGAAUAGUUUUGAAUGAAUUUGAGAGCCAAAAUAGACAGGAGCAAAUAGAUUCGGGUUUUCUUGGUGAAACGAAUAUCAUUUUAAGCGGCGACAGUGACUCGGAACAUAGAAGUGUAAUAUCAAUAGUAACUGGCCGCGACGGUCGAGCUUCUGCCUCCUCUAUAACAAAUCUAGAAGAUUCCUACGUUCAGUCAGUGGAAUGCUCCUAA